AUGGCAAAAGACGCUCUCAUCGAAGAGUACUUUGACAUUCUGGAGGACACCGCGCCCAUCUUCUUCCAGAAGAUGUCUCUUGCGGACUUUAAUUCCUACGAGUUUGAGUAUCCUGUGACAUUUCCAACCUCACCCACACCGCAACACUAUUUGAGUAAUGGCGGAUGGCAUGAUGAAAGGCGCUGGCAUGGCGUUGGGAUGCCUCAUGAGUUUGUUGGUACCAGGCCAGUGGGCGAAAGAUAUGAAUGGCGGGCGCCGCUGAUGCGGGGCCGCAGCGGUGUCCCUCAUACAAUUAUCACCUCAUACCAUGUCACUGAAUCGCAGGCGCCGAUUCUACGAGGCGAGCUGAUGACUAUCCUUCGCGUGACAUGGUGGAAAAACAAGGUCGUUUUCGAUAGAGGUUAUCAGGUCCUUCCGAUCCUCCUCCUCUCCGUUCGCCCCGGUUCUUUUCGACUCAUCGAAGCCUUCCACAAUGGAUCCAAAUUUGUGUUGCGGUAUGGCAAGCCGGUUCCUGUGAAGCUCACUGAUCCCAUGGAGCAUCGGAUGGAAGGUAGGGCCCUUCCAUUGCUAGCCAAGAUUCCCGCAACGUCAUCUCGGAAUGGUUCGGAGAACGGCAAGCAGACUUAUCAUCAACAUCCUCGAUGUGCAGUAAACGGCAACCCGCGUAUCUCGUCAAUUCUCCUGAAUCGCAUCGCUGUGCCGCGUCUGCUGAAUCCAGACUCGCUGCCUAGGGCUACCUAUGUGCCGGAAGUAGAUGGCCCUUCAUCAUCACGGACACCAUCAUUGCCAAAAUCCUAG